UCUUACUCAAUUUAAAUACAUGCAAACAGAGUACUAGAGAGAAAGAGAGAGAGAGAGAAAGAGAGAGAAUGGAUUUCAGUGAGUUGAAAAAAACGAUUGAGGAGAUGGAAAUAGUGGAUGGCCAUGCUCACAACUUAGUUGCACUUGAUUCCAACUUUGCUUUUAUCCAUGCUUUUUCUCUAGCUCAUGGCGAUGAUGCUCUUUCUUCAACACAACAUUCUCAAUCCUUCAAGAGAAAUCUAAGAGAUGUAGCUGAAUUAUAUGGAUGCGAUUCAACUUUGGAAGCUGUUGAACAACACAGAAGAGUUUCUGGAUUAGAAUCUAUCACCUCAACAUGCUUCAAAGCUGCAAGAAUCUCUACAGUAAUCUUCGAUGAUGGAAUAGAUUUGGACAAAAUCAUUGAUACUGAAUGGCAUAAGACUUUUACUCCUCAUGUUGCUUCACUCGUAAGAAUUGAACGCCUUGCCGAGAAAAUCCUUAACCAAGGUUUGGCAGAUGGAUCUUCUUGGACACUGGACUCGUUCACCACUGCAUUUCUCUCCAAGUUGGAAUCAGUUGCUGGUGAGAUAGUUGGUUUGAAAAGCAUAGCAGCAUACUAUUUUGGUUUAGAUAUCAAUACAAAUGUAACUAAAAAGGAAGCUGAGGAGGCUCUACAACAGGUGCUAGCUGUUUGGAAGCCAGUCUUGGUAGCAAACAAAAACCUGGUUGAUUACAUCUUCUUGAUAAGUUUAGAAUUUGCUCAAUCACAUGACUUGCCAAUGCAGAUACACACAGGCUUUGGAGAUAGAGGUUUGAAUCUGAGAAUGUCCAAUCCUCUAUAUCUCCACAAUGUUCUUGAGGACAAGAGAUUUGCAAAGUGCAGGAUUGUUCUUCUACAUACAUCAUAUCCUUUCUCAAAAGAAGCAUCAUAUCUUGCUUCUCUCUACUCCCAGGUUUACCUUGAUUUUGGGUUGGCUAUUCCAAAGCUUAGCGUACAUGGCAUGGUUUCUGCAGUGAAAGAUCUUUUAGAGCAGGCACCAUUAAACAAGGUGAUGUUUAGUACUGAUGCUUAUGCAUUUCCUGAACUCUUCUACUUAGGUGCGAAAAAUGCUCGCAAAGUUGUUUUCACCGUUCUGCGUGAUUCGUGCAUUGACGGAGAUCUCACUGUUUCGGAGGCUGUGGAAGCUGCAAAAGACCUCUUUGCACGAAAUUCAAUCAAUUUCUAUAAGAUUACCAGUUAACAUUGUUGUUAUGUUCACAUGGUUAUUGUGUUAAAGACUUUAUGUUUGGUGGUUAGUACUUUUUCAUUAAGGUUCUAGUAUUCCUCAA